AUGGCAACAUUAGAUAAUGAAAACCCAUUUGAUCUUUCUGAAAACAGUAGUGUUGGUCGAGAUGGUUUGGGAGAUUUUGCUUUUUAUCAACACCAAGGAUUUUGGUUCUAUGCUAAAGGCAUAGAAAAUGUUAAAGAUUUUCAGCAAAAUUUUAAAGCUUUGGAUACUGAUAUUGUAAUCGCAACACUACCUAAAGCAGGCACUACAUGGUUGAAAGCACUUGCCUUGGAAAUCGUCAAUCGAAGCCGUUACCCUUCUUCUACUACUGAUCACCACCACCACCACCACCACCCAUUGCUUACAGUUUCACCUCAUGACCUUGUCCCUUUCAUCGACUUUAAACAUAUAUAUCCACCAGGGUACAGUCAUCUUGAUUUCACUAAUACUAGUACCCAUGAUGAGCAUGAGUCGCCAUCCAGACUUAUAGGUACCCAUGUACCUUACCCUUCUUUACCUGAAUCCAUUAAGAGCUGCAUAAAUUGCAAGGUUGUUUAUUUAUGUAGAAACCCAAAAGACAAUUUCAUCUCUCUUUGGCAUUUUAUAAACAAACUGAGAGCAUUGCAGAAGGACAUUAGCCAUAGUGCCCCUAUGUCCAUUGAAGAGGCUCUAGAGUUUUCUGCAGUGGAGUCUCACUUUUUGGUCCAUUUUGGGAUCAUAUACUUGGCUAUUGGAAAGAGAGCAUAG